CGCUCGCCAGACACCUAGCACGAACCGUCCUGACCCUGCGACUCGGAUCUAAAAUUACGAACGACCAUCAUCCGCGAUGGAAACCGUCCCCGUGGUCCCCUUCUGGGGCCCUGCAACGUCUUAUCUAAACUUUUGCGAAGAGGACUAUGUUAUUACUCGGUUUGUGGCCGAAUUCAUCAAUACGUUCAGCAGUUUAAUCUUCAUCAUCUUCGGAAUCUAUGGCUUGCUGCAGCUUCACCGGAAACAGCAAACGGGGUUCCGCUCGAUUUCGUAUUUGGGUUUGAUUGGUGUCGGCGUCUGUUCGGCUGGCUACCACAUGACCCUCAAAUACCAUACUCAAAUGUCGGACGAGUUGUCGAUGCAUCUUUUGACAACGCCUCUUCUGUACCGAAUCCUGACCUUCAAGGCUAGCCCAGAACGAACUAGGCUCGUCGGGAUCGUUCUCUCCGUGCUAUUCACCAUCGUCAUGGUCGUUCAUAUGGCCAUGGACGAGUUCCUGCUUCACGCGUCUAGCUUUGGUCUUGCGGUUUAUAUGAUCGCGACGCGAACGUCCAAGAUCAUCUCACAGCAAGUUCCGGACCCUUACUUCAGGAAAAAGCUUCGAAAUAUCUCAUUCGUCGGUAUCUUCUGCUUUGCCUUGGGCUACACCGUGUGGCUUAUCGAUGACUGGGCUUGUGGGUACCUUAUCAAAACUCGACAUGCGGUCGGUUUGCCUUUGGCAUUCUUAACCGAACUUCAUGGAUGGUGGCAUUUACUCACUGCUAUCGGUGGCUACGUUGCUGUUGUACUUGUGGAUUUAGUGACUACGGGCGAGGUUCACGAAGAUCCUACCGCGCAACUUGCAUGGCCUAUCCCGCCGGCGGCAAGAUUUAUAGAGUCGAUGACAAGCUCUACCAAGCUGAAAUAGUAACGAAGCUAUGAACAUGACUAAGAGGGAAUGUUAAGAGCGCAUGCACAGAGCUCCGAGCUACUGUGGUUCGCUUAUCUGCGGUCCCUGCUGUUGAGCUAAAGAUAGACAAUGCUUGUAUAUGCAUACUAGUUAGAAUUGAAAAUCAAUCUGCUGGCCUAUUUUUCGGGCUCCUGGAUGGGCUAUGAGUCUACUCUUUUAUAGAAGAGUGAACACCAGCGAAUCAAGCAAUCUGAGAAGCCAGCAGCGGGAACCAUGGUCGAUCCUCUAUACAAUAUGAUAGACGUGAUCUCUAUGGAGAAUACAAGGGCCUGGGCCCUAUUUGGAAUCAUCUAUCUAGGAAAUUCUAAUGACACUCGAGAUUCUGCGAUAUGAAAAUAUCAGUUGGCAAGAAUCAAGGCAGA